AAUGGGCAGUGACCAGGCACAGGCUCCACACACCUUUUUCCAUGGAGUAAUUAAGGCCUGCCUCAGAGUGAGCAAGCACUCCCUGCCCAGCUGCAUAGGGGAGAGCUGRCAGCACUACCACCACUACCAGCAAGCAUGAAGCUCCUGGGAACUGCCUUCUUUCUCCUUGCUGUACUCUGUGUUUGCACUGUAGGAGAAGACAUUCCAGCCUCUGCUGUCAAUGCAACCACUACUGCAGUAACACCAAAAGCUGUAACAGAACCUGUGAGUACAACAACUUCACCAACAACAACAUUGCAAGUGUCAGUGCAGACAACAGCUGCAGUCAGCACUGCAAAUGAAACCAUCACAACGAACCCAACGUCCCCCUCCACAAGUGCCACAACGGAAACAACACAAGGUACAGCACAGCAACCAGUGGUGACUUCAGCAGCAAAUAGGAAUUUCAGCACAACAAUCACCACACAAGCAAGUGGAACACAAUUGGCACAAAAUGAGAGUUUGGAGGCUUCACCUACUGUGGGAUCAUCUUUUCUGUCUACAGUCUCUCCAGAAAGAAACACUUCUGUCUCUGGAACUUCAGGUCUUCCUGUGAGUUCUUCAACAAAUUCAACAAAUUCAGCUUCUGGAAGUCCUAAAAGCAGUUUUGGAGACCAGACUAAACAAGGGAGUGAUAUCCGCUAUUCUAAUGUUAUCUUGCCUAUUGUCAUCACCCUGAUAGUCAUUACCCUCUCUGUCUUCUCACUGGUGGCUUUGUACAAAAUGUGCCAGAAGAAAACUCCAGAGAGACAAGAGAACGGCGCUGAACAGGCCCAGUCAGAUAAAGAAGGAGUCAAACUUCUUUCUGUGAAGACAACUUCUCCUGAGACUGGAGAGCACUCAUCUCAUGGGAAGAAUAAAACUCGACAACUCUUUGCAUCUCAGCAAUAAAUAUAUGUGAAGCAGCCUGUUUUAUCACAACAUUCAGGAACAUCCCAGCAAAGUUGCAUUUCAACGGGAAAUGUGGAGUAGCUGAAGCUUUUUACCAUCAAGACAUUUGCGUUAAUGACCAGGUUCUGACUUCUAAAUCUCAACCAUCUCCUGUCCCUCCUGGAAUGACAUGYAAUUUUUUUGAAGGCUUAAUAACUGGUAUAUCAUAUGUAUUUAUUAUUUUCACAUAUAGUAAAAGCARGGAAACAAGGUUGAAGAGAAUGUAAAAACAAGAAGGGUGAACAUAAUGUAAAAAUUAGGUGAUGUUUGCAUAGUAGCUCUUAAAAAUGUUUCCUGCACACACAGGAAGGAAUUGUAAGUCAGCAUACUUUGUUGAACUUGUGGUAGCUAGGAAUCUUUUAAUUGUAUGUAGCAAAACACAAACAGGRCCUGACCCUUGAAACAGGCCUGGGCAAAGAGCCACUAUGAAAAUUAAUUCAGUGAUUUACAUGAGACUCCUCACUCUAGCACAUGCUUUGCUUGUCAUAAAUGUUUACAGGGUGGGAUGCCUGGCUGAGAAGCUGAAGUGUGUGCUUUUUUUUCUGUGAAGGAAGGAAUAUAGCACUGAGGCUCUUUGAAAUUCUGUAAAUUACUGAAUAUAAUGCUUGUAAAGUAGCAGGAAAGUGUUGGUUUUCACCUGUUCCUUGGGUAACUGCAUUAUGUGUGCUACAAAUACGACUCCCACACAGCCUGGGGCACACAGUGGGAAUCAGCAAGGUAAGCAAUUUCACAGAUGAACUUUCUUCCCUGUGUUCUGAGUAAUGCAUGGGAUUCCUGUGGGUUAUUGAACAACUCUGGAAGUUUAGAGAGUGUUUCAAGUGCUGAUUACAGACACUCUUCAUUUGUACAGGGCUGGCAGUUCCAAAAUACCAAGUAGUGCUUCUACCUGCAUGUACCCUAUCUUUCUAGAACUAUGAAUGUUUGAAAAUUAAAUUGCUGUGAGCAUCUGCUCAGUCUCAAUCCACUGACUGGUAGCAUUCCAAGAACUUCCACUGUUUUAUUGGGGAAGGGAAAGAAGACAACUGGUGGUUUAAAUGCAGGGCCAAGAUCCAGGACAAGCAUCUAAGUUUUGAUACCUAUUGAUACCAUGUUUUUGAGGAAGCUCCCUUCUCUGAAAUACUAAAAGUUGCCUGGCCCUGCGGUAAGAGAUUGAGCAGAUUAUUUAGCUCAUGUCCAUAGACAAAUCUGAAAAGUGUUCCUUUCCCUGUGCUUGGCCAUUGCUCUUGCUUCCACUUUGGUGGGUCUGAUACCCUUCUGACUUAAUAGCACCCUGAGAGACUUUUGAUGAAGCUCCAUAAAAGAUGGGGAACAAGUUGUGUCCGUGCUGCAGCUGAACUUAGGUGGUUCAUUCAGGUAUUYCUGGGUCACUUGUGUUCCUCAGGAGCAGAGAAGUCUUGGAUGCCUGCUUUUGAAAGGUCAGACCAUCUAAAAUACACUAUUUGACAUCUGCAACUAUUCUGGUUCCUGACUGAUGAAGGUUUCCUUCAAAAAAAAAGUCAUUGUGGAUUUUCAUGUUGAUUAAAAACUCAAAGUAUUUUGUAGUAUGUUGUACCAUAGUGAAAGGACAGUAGAAAAAAAGUGGAGAAAGAUUGUGAAAUAUGUUUGUGUUUUUGUGCAAAAUCUGUUCAGAAACUACCAUGUUGUGUCAAGAAAAAGAAAAUUACUGCCUAUUAAAAUUUAUUAUCUUUA